AUGAGUGUGGCUCACGAAAACGGUGCCAUUCAAUGGGAAGAAGCUGUUUUACACGACGCCAAGCUCACCUUCGGCAAGAAGUUCAGCAAGAACAACAUCUACGCUUUCCUGUUUACCGAUCUGAUUGUGCUGACCAAGAAGAAGGGUGACGAAACCUUCCUAGUCACGGACUACUGUCCACGGGCCCUGCUGACGGUCAACUACGGCGACAUUGUGCCCCAGCUGCCGACCAAGGAGAUGCAGGCCAUCGGGAAGCACCUGAUCAUCAUGACGCUGCUGGAGAACCACGAGGGAAAGACUAUCGAGAUGAUCAUCAGUUGCCCCUCAGAAACGGAACGGGAACGGUGGCUCAAGGUGACCGAGCCCCUAUCGUCGGAAAACCCGGACGAAAAGAUUUACGAACAGUGGGACUGUCCCCAGUUGGUUGCGAUUCAUCCCUACCAGGCACUGCAACCGGACGAACUCGAUCUGGACAUCACGGAAGUGGUCAACGUGCAUCGGAAAAUGGCUGAUGACAGUGAUGACGGUUGGUACGAAGGCGAACGGAUCCGGGACGGUGCGGUCGUCGGAUGGUUCCCCAGCAACUACACCAAGGAGAUCCCGUCGGCGCACGUCCGGGCCAAGCACAUCAAACAGCGCAACGUGCUCCUCUCGUACACGUCCAAGUAUAUCGAUACGACGACGCGGACCCUGCAGCACAGUAAAAAGUGAAGCAGCCGAACAAGUGGCAACUUAACUGCAUGCAAUUAUUAGUUUUU